UCACUCACUCCACGUCACUCCCAUUUUCUAAUUCAAUGUCCAGCAUCACGUCUUGCAGCCACGUGACUUAUGAUGGACAGCGCGGCUCUGGCAUAGCAACCGUUGCCACACGCAAGGAGCUCGCCGCUGCCCCCUGCCGGACAGGCAGAACGCGCCAUGGAAAAACCACGUGUCAAAAAGACAGGAAGCGGACCACAUGUUUGGACAGAUGUUCUGAGAACAUCUGGACCUAAUCUUCCGUCCGUGGGACAACACCUCUGAGAGGGUGGACCUGUACCCGCCCCUCCCCCUCCCCCGCCAAAAACCCCCUACACAAAUCAUUUUUUGAGCGCUAAAGGGUUAAAACUCGAGAUCACCUGACCCCGCCCCCUCGGACGAGACCCUGGGCUGCAGGACUUGCUUACUGCACUCCAAAAACCCACUGGGACGGAACCGGGACCACUUCAGCUGUUUGAUUGGCAGGCUUGUCAUGCAUCGGGCAGUGUGACGUCACCAGCGUCAUGGAGGUUCCGCUGCUCCUGCUGAUGAUGAUGGUGGUGGUGGUGAUGACGUCACAGGUGUUUGGCGCCAACACAGCGGAGCGCCGCCAUGACAGUUCGCUUCACAGAGUCAGCAAACGUUACACCAUCAACCCUCUGGGACAAAAGUGGACGCACGUCAACAUCACGUACAGGGUGGACAAGUUCCCCAACACGCUGAGUGUGGACGACACCAGGAAGGCCAUCAGCAUCGCCUUCGCCAAGUGGAGCGACGUGUCGCCGCUGAGCUUCGCGGAGGUCACCAACGCCAGCGCCGACAUCGUCAUCGGUUUCUACACCUUCAACCACUCUGACUGUUGGCAUUCGCCGCUCCACCCGUGUUUCGACGGGCUGAAUGGCGAGCUGGCGCACGCCUUCCUGCCGCCGCGCGGAGAGAUCCACUUUGACAACCACGAGUUCUGGAUCCUGGGGAAGUCCAGGUUCAGCUGGAAACAAGGCGUGUGGCUCAACGACCUGGUCCAGGUGGCGGCGCACGAGAUCGGCCACGCCCUGGGCCUGUGGCACUCCAGGGACCCGCGCGCCCUCAUGCACCCCAACGCCACCUACACGGGCCAGCGGAACGUCGGGCAGGACGACGUGUGGGCCAUCCAGAGGCUCUACGGUUGCGAGGACAAGAAGCGUGUGUGCGAGGCGUGGGCCCGUCUGGGCUUCUGUGAGCGCAGGAAGUGGUUCAUGAAGAAGAACUGUCCACGCCGCUGCGACCUCUGCUUUGAGCCCCUGGAAGCGGUCGCCACGCCGACGCCGCCCCCGGCUAACGUCAAGGUGAAGAUGGUGCCACGCGGGAAGGUGGUGGGCUUCCGCUGCGGUACCAAGAACCCGCGCGCCACACCCAAAGUCAGCUGGUACAAAGAUGGAGAGCGGAUCGCGGCGUCCAUCCCGGGCUACAUCGUGGUCAAAGGGCGGGACCUCCGCAUCGUGGCCAACGAGUUCAACGAGGGCGUGUACACCUGCCGCAUCCAUCGCCGCGGCGACGCAGUGUCCGUCAACUCGUGGAGCAUCCGCUUGAAGCCGGAAGAAACGUCCAACAGCUGAGAAUCUUUGGGCACCUAACGAUUCCAUCCGAGUCCGAUUCCCGGAGUGACGAUUCAAUUCAGAAUCGAUUCUUGACUCAAACUAAUUCUCAAAUGUAUUAUUUGGUAUAAUAAUUAUAAUUCCAACUUUUUUAAAACAGGUUACAGGUUAGAAAAGCUCCUAAAAACUUAUUUUAAAAAAUGGAUUAUCACAAAAAAAAAAAAAGAAUAUUUUUUUAAUCGAUUUUUUAAAAUGAUGUAUCAAUUUAGAAUGGGGAUGAAUAAACCCCAUCAACAACAAGAUUCUCCAUUUAAUCUAGUUUUCGCAAUGUAGUAUUUGGUAUAAUUACAAUGAAACUUUUUCAAAACGGGUUACAUGUUAGAAAAGCUAUAAAAAUUUAUCUUCGAAAAUUUAUUUUUACAUAAAAAAUUUAACAUUUUUGAAAAUAUUAAUUUAGAAUCGGGAUGAAUAAACAGGAUCAACAACACGAUUUGCGAUUCAAACUAAUUCUGGCAAUGUAUUACUUAGUAUAAUAAUUGUAAGAAAACAUUUUCAAAACAGGUUACCAGUUAGAAAAGCUAUAAAAAUGGAUUUUUAAAAAUGGAUUCUUAAAAAAAAAAAAAUUGUUUUUAACUUUUAUUUUUUUUAUAAUUUUAAGAAAUUAUGAAUCGAUUUAGAAUUGGGAUGACUUAACAGGAUCAACACGAUUCUUGAUUCAAACUAAUUCUCGCGAUGUGUAAUUUGGUAUAAUAAUUGUAUAAAAACAGGUUAAAAAGCUCAUAAAAACAGAUUUAAAAAAAUUAAUUCCCAUAAAAAAAAAAGAUACAUUUUUUUUAGAUUGCGUUUUGAAAUAAAUGAAUCAAUUUAGAAUCGGGAUGAAUAAACCUGAUCAACAACACAAUUCUCACAAUGUAUUAUUUGGUAUAAUAAUUGUAAUACAAUUUAAUAAAACUUUUUUAAAACAGGUUGUAGGUUAGAAAAGCUCAUAAAAACAUAUUUUUCAAAAUUGAUUCUCGUAAAAAAAAAUUAAAAAAAUUUUAAUCGAUUUUUUAAAAUUAGGUAUCGUUUUAAAAUCGGGAUGAAUAAACACGAUUUUCCAUUCAACCUAAUUUUAACAAUGUAUUAUUUGGUAUGAUGAUUGUAACACAACUGUAUAAUGAAACGUUUUAAAACAGGUUAGAAAAGCUCUUAAACAUUUUCAAAGUCUAAUUCUCGUAAAAAUAUUUUUGAUUUUUUUAGAAUGAUUUUUUAAAAUAAUGAAUCGAUUCAGAAUCGGGAUGAAUAAACAGGAUUCCCGAUUCAAAUUCAUUCUCAAUGUAUUUUUUGGUAUAAUUGUAAUACAACUUUUCAAAACAGGUUGCAGGUUAAAAAAGCUAUAAAAAUGUAUUUUUUUUUAAAUCGAUGCUUAUAAAAAAAGAAAACAAUAAAAAAUUUUAAUCAAUUUUUGGAAAUUAUGAAUUGAUUUAGAAUUGGGAUGAAUAAACACGAUCGACAACACAAUUUUCGAUUCAAACUAAUUCUCACACUGUAUUUUUUGGUAUAUUUGUAAUGAAACUUUUCAAAACAGGUUACAGGUUAGAAAAGCUAUGAAAACGUUGUUAAAAAAUGGAUGCUUAUAAUAAAAAAAUGUUAAAAAAUGUUAUCAAUUUUUGAAAAUUAUGAAUCGAUUUAGAAUUGGGAUGAAUAAACACAAUUCUCGAGUCAAACUAAAUCUCAAUGUAUUUUUUUGUAUAAUUGUUAUACACCUUUUCAAAACAGGUUACAAGUUAGAAAAGCUAUGAAAAUGUAAUUUUAAAAAUAGAUGCUUAUAAUAAAAAAUUUUAUAAAAUUAAAUCGAUUUUUGAAAAUUAUGAAUCGAUUUAGAAUCGGGAUGAAUAGUGAAGUGAAUUAUAUUUAUAUAGCGCUUUUCUCUAGUGACUCGAAGCGCUUUUAUACAGUGAAAGCACUAGCAUUCAAAAAGCUAUGAAAAGGUCUUUAAAAAAAAUGGAUGCUUAUAAUUAAAAAAACAACAAUUUACAUCGAUUUUUGAAAAUUAUUAGUCGAUUUAGAAUCGGAAUGAAUAAACACAAUUCUCGAGACAAACUAAAUCUCAAUGUAUUUUUUGGUAUAAUUGUAAUACAACUUUUCAAAACAGGUUACAAGUUAGAAAAGCUAUGAAAACAUCUUUAAAAAUGGAUGCUUAUAAUUAAAAAAAAAAUGUUUUUAAUCGUUUUAUGAAAAUUAGGAAUCCACUUAGAAUCACAAUCAACAACAUGAUUCUCGAGUCAAAGUAAUUCAUGUUUUUUUUGGUAUAAUUGUAAUACAACUUUUCAAAACAGGUUACAAGUUAGAAAAGCUAUGAAAACAUCUUUAAAAAUGGAUGCUUAUAAUUUAAAAAAAAAAUGUUUUAAUCGUUUUUUGAAAAAUAGGAAUCGACUUAGAAUCACAAUCAACAACAGGAUUCUCGAGUCAAAGUAAUUCAUAAUGUUUUUUUUGGUAUAAUUGUAAGAAAACUGCAAAACAGAUUACAGGUUAGAAAAGCUAUAAAAAUGUUUUUUUAAAUGAAUGCUUAUUAAAAAAUUAAAUUAAAUAAAUUUUUUUAAAUUAUGAAUUGAUUUAGAACAGAGAUAAUAAACACGAUCAACUACACAAUUCUCAAUUCAAGCAAUGUAUUAUUUAGUAUAAUAAUUAUCAUGGAAAUUUUACAAUAAAAGUUUUUUGUGACGGUUUACAGGCUAGAAAAGCUCCUAAAUUUUUUUUUUUUUAAUUCUUACAAAAAAAAAAGUGUUAAUUAAUUUUUUUAAAUAAUGCAUUGAUUUAUAAUUGGGACGAAUAAGAUGUGAAUCGAUGUUUUCGUGCACCCCCGACAGAGGACCGCGUUUUCUCGUGAGAAGUAACUGAGGUCACAAAAAUUUAAAAAAUAAUAACGUUAGCACGUUAGCUUGGGAGCUACAUCAUUGAAGUCAUGUGACCUCAUGUCUAGACUCUUUGCUACCUCCAAGUGUCAAAUAUUUACCUCUUCCCAUCCGCUUUCACUUCCUUUAUGAGAGGCCGGCAAACAUUUGGUCGCCGUGGGAGCGACCCGUCGUCAUGGAGGCCUUUCUUUGCGCCUCGGCAACAAUAAAAACGAGGACCGACCAGAACUUCGGUCGUACGGAAGCAGGACAGUCAAGGUGUUACCAUGGCAACGGGACCUAUCUUGUGUCCCGUUUUUUUUUUUAUUAGAUUUCCAGUCCAUACAUCAAACUAAAAGAGGCAUGCUCAAACGUUGUGAUGUCAUCAAGCGUGGCGCGAUGACGUCAUCCCUGGAAACAAACGGCGUGGAGACGAGAGCGUGUGUUCAGGUGAAAACUUUAUUGUCACUCUCAAACACACGCACAUUCGUUUUGUUCCUCGGAACACACAGACGCACUUUGACCCCGCCCCCUGUCUGGACUGAUAAGGGGCCAAUCAGAGGGGGCGGGGCUUAGGCACAUGUAAACACAGGCACAAACAGUGACAAGGUCGGCGGCGGCGACACUUUGAAUAAACACGAAGAGCGGGA